UCACGGUCUUGGGGGGGGUCCCCACAGAGCAGCACCGUGUGCUCCCCUAGGGAUCCCAGCCCCAUGUCCCUGCUGGACAGCACUGAUGUGGACAGCAAAUAUGAGAAGAUCGUCUCCCUCAUCUGGGGCUGUGAGCUGAGCAGCCGGCAGGACUCCUACACCUUCCCAGUGUCUGAGGACUGGCAGGGGGAGCAGCAACUGGCCCUACGCACGAUCUGCCUGGGGGAGACAGCACGGGAUGAGUUCCACGUGGUGGAGAUCGUGCCCACGGAGGAAGGGGGUGCUUGUACCCCCGUGCCCCUGGCCACCCUGAAACCCACCGUGCUGCCCAUGGCCACCCUGGUGGGAGUGGAGUUGACACCUCCGGUCACUUUCCGCCUGAGAACUGGAUCUGGGCCCGUCUACAUCAGUGGGCAGCACUUCUCUAUGGUGCCCGGUCUGUCCUGGGAUGAGGAGGAGGAGGAGGAGGAAGAGGAGGAGGAUGCUGAGGAGGAAGAGUCCCCUAGGAAGCCCCCCAAGGGCCAAGCUGCCAAGAAGAGCAAGAAGAAGAAGCAGGAAAAGAAGGAUGAGCUGAAUAACCUCUCCUCUGAGGAUCCCCUUCCCAGCAAGCAGGGUCGUGGAGCUGGACGGGGUAGAAAAGCAGCAGCCAAGAAGUAGCAGGAGCUGCCAACCCAGGUGCAGGGCUAAGCCUGGAAUAGUUGGG